AGGACAUAAAUAAAAUAAAUAUAAUACAUCAGUAGUGCAGUUUUUUAUAUUUUUAUAAAAGUUAAAUAAAUAUGUCACAAGUUAUGUUUGUUUAAAAAAAUGGCGGAUUUCGACAAAGAUUUCGACUUUGACGAGGAUUCACUUCGAGAAAUCGAAAGUAAUGAGGAAUCUUUAUUAUUUUCUCAGCGAGACAAUAUUCCUAUUGAAAGUCCCAAUGAAAAUCAAAGUCCUCCCCGUAAUCCUGAAAUAUCAUCACGAAAAAAUUUACUACUCGACAUAUUCGAAAGCAAUAAAUCAGUUAGUGAUGAAAAUAUAUCGCAAGAUGAGUCUUCCUCAAGAAAAAAUAUUUUACUAGACUUAAUGUCGAGAUCCUCGCCCGAACCGUCGCCCGAAUCGCCCAAAGAAAGGCAUCCACUGCGCCGAAUCCUCAUAGAUUCAUUUUCUAAAAAUACCAGCCGUGAAUCGACACCCGAUAAAUUUAAAAAAAAACUAGGAUUCGAUAGGAAUUCGGCUAGUCCAUUCAAAAGACCAACGUCUCCACCAAAACACGUGCCCCCGCCAAAAACCCUAGUCCGUAAAUUUCCCGGACCCGCUGGGUUGCUCAGUUACUCAAAGUCACGUUCAAAAAAUACCAGUCACAGAACAACGGAAGUUGACUUUGGCGAAACAAAACGUGAUUCAGGAUUUUGUUCUCAAGAAACCAAAAAAUUGUUUACCGAUGGCGCCUGGCGCCAAAUGAUCGACGAACUGCCUGAUGAUUAUUUACGCGGACAAAAUAUUUCAUCAAUAAAACGUCCAGGUCGCAGCAAUAAAAUUCCCGUGCUCGCUGGUAUCAUUCAUCGGAUUGAUUGGUCCGCCGACAAUCCUCGCGUUACUCUCAAAGAUAUAUCAGAUUCUGUGGAGGGCAUAAUGCACAAGGAUAUUUUUACAACGUAUCCAAAUAUUUUACAACCGGGUGUUGUCGUAUUGCUGCGCAAUGUCGGGAUCCUAAAUGUCACUGGUUCAAAAACUCCCUUGACCACUUCGAUAGUCAUAAUAUCAACUGACAGCAUUAUCGCUGCUUAUAAUGAUAAAUCACGAAUUAUUACCACACCCGAGCUUACUAAAUUAAUUAAUCGUGAUUACGCUGAUAGUAAUCAACACGAUAAUUACGAUGAUACAGAAAAUAUCGAUGCGAUAAUCGACAGCGAUUUUGAAUUUGAUAACCAUCUUAUUGAUGAUUUAACGGUUGAAAAAACUCCAGCGUUAACUUAUAGAGCAGAGGGAGACAAUGAUUUAGUAAGAGAAGAAGUCAAUAGUGUAGUUAACCGAAACGAAAUUGCUGGAUCAACUUUCGGCGACGAUUUAUUGAAUGACAGCGACGACGAAUUGAUGUCACAAAUGGAUCUAGAUAUUGCGGAUAAAUCACCAGACAAUCGCGAUACCGAUCAAGGAAAUGAACCCGCCGCUGAUAGGGAUAAUUUUUUUGAACUUAAUAAUGACGACACUUUUGGCGACAGUGAUGACGAAAUGCUGUCACAAUUUGAUGUUGAUGCUGUUGUUAAAACUUAUGAUGCUACAUGAUAAUAAAUUGAUUGUUAAUUAAUUAUAAUUAUUAUUAUUUACGAAAAUUAAGAUCAUUUCAAAUAUUUGUUUUUUUAUUUUUAAUAUUAUUACCAAUAGUAAUUAUAGAUUUAAUAAAUUAAUUAAUUAAUA